UUUUCCUUACACCACAGAAGACGUUCCGCCGACAGAGACAUGCAUCUAUCAGUGUUCUCCUGUGCGGUGGUGUCAAUGUUAUGCCUUGUGGGGGUGUACAGACCGGCUGAGGGGUACCCGAGCUGGCAGGAGGACGAUAUGGACUGCCUGAUGUCGUGUGAGACUUGUCUGUCCAUGUACGAGUGGCCUCGUCACUUCGACCUGGCGUCGUGCUACCGACAGUGUGAGCGGUCCUACCUACCUGUCAGGUACUCCGAGUGGUCCGUUUGCGAGCUGACGUUAAAGAUGGGCGAUACAAAGCCAAGCACACCCAUGGGGGUGUUCAGGGGCAAGCGCGCAGCCGUGUGGAGAGGGAGGUAUCGGUAGAGACUUUCCAGAACGGGACUGUUGUAUC